AUGUCACCUUGACAUAUGACAUGUAUUGUAUGCGAUGGGAACGUGACGGAAUUGAUAGCAAUAAUUAUGUCGUUCUUAAUUUAUUUUACUGUUAACUAUGUAAAUUGAAUUAUCGCUAGUAUCCAUUAGACGUUAUGCACGUGUGUAUCGUGCAGCGCGGGCUGUAGCGAUGGACGACGGGGGUAUGAACCACUACGAGCAACAGCUGUACACAGUGUUCAAAACGUUCGACGUAGAUAACGCGGAGGCGCUGGACCGCGCGGCCGUGCUGCAGCUGUGUGACGCGUUGCAGCUCGAGGGCCGCGGCGCCGCGCUGGUGGAGUCGCUGUUCGAGCGCCGCGCCGAGCGCGUCACCUUCGCCACCUUCCGCAACGGGCUGCUCGGCGUGCUCGGCGCCGAGCCCGCGCCCGAGCCCAGCGACGACGACUCCUCCGGCCGCGAGGUCGCGCCCAGGUUCGUGUUCGGCUCCAAGAAAUACGGGCGCCGCUCGCGGCCAGCCCGCGCCGACGAGGCCGCCGCCGUGCCGCGCGCCGCCUCCGCCUCGCGCCUCGACGCCGACGCCGGCGCACGGCCUCGCAUGCGCUACAAGCGCAGCGCCUCCGCCAUGGAGGCCCGCACUCCUCCGCCGGACCUCCUCGACCACGAGCGGCGCAUAGACCGCGCGCAGGCCGCCGCGCUGUGCCGCGACCUUCACAUGGACGCGAUCGAUCCGCGUCUCGUAGACCGCAUCUUCGACGCCGCGCCCGCGGAAGAGACGACCGUCGGCGAAUUCUUUGACCGGCUUAACGCGGCUCUGACGCCGCUAGCUGCAGGCGAGGGUACUGCACCACCUGCUAUACCGCCACCAGACCCACCUGACGGAGAAGACGACGCGGAGGGCGCGUUGACAGGCGAGGCGGUCGCCGAGGCCUGGGAGCGCGCUGGCGUGCGCCGUCCACGCCGUCUGUUGGCCGAGCUCGGCUUCACCGCCACUACCUUGAGUCCUGCCGAGUUAGAACGCGCGUUGGAUGACGAACUACGGGCGCUCCCGGCGCGUGAGGACCGCGAUGCGCGGCCGCUGCUACAGCAAGCGGCGCUGGCCCUCAGCCGCCUCCGACGCACUAGCGCUCGCGCGCGCGCCGCCGCCGCCGUCGCGGAGCGCGACAAACUCCGCGCCGACCUCGCCGAGGCCAACCGACGCGCGCAGCUCCUUGCCCAAGACGUAGACGAGAAUCACGCUCGGUUAGAAGCCGAACGGCAGACGGCGCUUCGCCUGAUAGAAGCGCGGCACGCGGAGACCACGCGCGCCGUCAGCAACGAGGCAGCCGCGGAGCGCGAGCGAGCCGCGACGAUACGCGCCGAACUGGAAGCCGAAGUGGCACGACGUGGAGAUUUGGAGGCGAAGCUGCGUGCCGAGCUAACGACGCUGCGGCUGCGAUCAGAACAGCUGGAGCGACGUGUGAGCGCAGCGGAAGAACGGGCUACGGCAGCAGAACGCGAGCAAGCGCGAACUGAAGAGGAAGCACGCGAAGCAGCAGCGCAGGCCGGGCGCGAGGUGGAAGAGCGUCGCGUAGCCAGCGAGGCGCUGGAGCGACAAGUGCUGGAGCUGCGCGAGGAGUGCUCGCUGCUGCGGGACCGCGCGGACGAGCUGCAGGCCGGGCUCGAGGCGCGCCGCGGCGCCGCGCCGCCGCCCGCCGCCGCCACCUCGUGGCGCGACGAGGCCGAGCUCGCCGCCGACGCCGCUGCCGCGCUCGACAGGAUCGAAGACUGCGAUUCGUCGCCGCCCAGCAUCGAGCGCCUAGUCUUCCAAACAGACGCCGCCCGCCGCCUCCGAUCAAUCGCCGACUCGUUAUCACCCGAGUGCGCGCGCUGCGAGGCCGCAGCGGCGGCGUUGCGGGAGUUGAGCGACUCGCCGCCGGCGCGGGGGUUAUGUGAAGCGACGGCGGCGCGGGGGUCAAGUGAAGCGUCAGCGGCGCCACGGUUAAGUGAAGCGUCAGCGGCGCCACGGUUAAGUGAAGCGUCAGCGGCGCCACGGUUAAGUGAAGCGGCGACGGCGCGGGGGUUAAGUGAUUCAGUUGAAGCCGCUGUGCAGACAGAGGAAAGUGAUGACGGGAAACGCAUUGAACAGCUCCAGAAGAAACACGAGGCGGAGAAAAGUGACUUGAAUAAUUUGAUCGCCGAGCUAGAAGCCAGCAUGGAGGCUCUCCGCGAGGAGUACGAGCGCUGCGAGGAGUACUGGGCCGGCAAGCUGGCGGACGAGCGCUCGGCGGCGGCGGCCGAGGCGGCGGCGGGCGACGCGCGCCUGGGCGAGCUGCUGGCGCGCGUGGCGGAGUACGAGGCGCAGUUCCGGCCGCGGCUGCCGGCGCUGCUCGAGAGCGCGCUGGAGCCGCAGUACGAGCAGCUGGCGCGGGAGUUCGAGACGUUUAAAAUAGAGGCGGCGCGGGCGCUGGCGGCGGCGCGCGCCGACGCCGACGAAACGCGCGAGGAGCUAGAAAAGGCGAGGACGGCGCCUCCGCCCCCUUGUAGCUGUCGACAGGUAACUCUUAUGGCUGUGAGAGCUCCGCUCGCGGCGCGGCCCGCCUCCGACGGCGACCGGCGUUUAGCGGAUCCGCGUCCGCCGGCGUCAGGUGACAUGGCGCGGCGCAGCGUGUCGGCGGGUGCGCUGGCGCACGUCACGCCUCACGGCGGCGGGGUUCAUGCCGGCGGCGGCGGGGUUCAUGCCGGCGGCGGGGUUCACGCCGGCGGCGGGGACGCGAGCGACGCGCCGGCCGCGCACGACUCCGGGACCGCACGGGGGCCGCAGCCCCACCCGCCGGGGUCGUGCUCGUGCUCUUGCGCGGCGCUGGCGGCGGCGUGGCGGCGCGCGGCGGGCUCGGGCGCGGGGCUGCGCGCGCGCGCCGCGCACGCCGAGCGCGCCGCCGCGCGCCUGCUGGCGCGCCUGCACGCCGCCGACGCGCUCGUCGCCGACCUGUACCGCGAGAACUGCCAGCUGCAGCACCACCGCCGCCCCGAGCCGCGCCUCCUGUGA